AAGUGUAGGGAGUAAAAUGAAAUGAAUCAAGCGAACGACUGCAAAAGGGGAAUGAACUCGAAGCAGCUCUCUGCUGCAUCAAUGGAGGCUGACCUCUCUUCUUCAUCCUCAACGAACCUAGCAAGUUCUCUCUCGUGCUGGAAUUACCUCCAUCUCUUCCUUCUACGUCCGAUUCUCGCCAUAUCCUUCGUGUUAUCCUUCAUCCUCCUAGGGUGGGCAUUGGCGUGGAAGCUAGUGCUGGUUCACGUUCCUUUGGUCCAGGAGAUCUUCGGGCUCAAAAAGAAAACCUUUAAGCCGAAACCUGCGAAUCGACGCAGGCUGUCUAAGUUCUAUGGUAGCAGGAACAUGGGAGCAGAAGCUCGGGCUUCUUGAUGAUUCAUACAAUGGAACAGGACUAUCUUGUAGCAUGCACGGUGUUGCUCAGGCAAUGGAGCAAAAGACCGGUUUGUAUUGUUCCUACAUAAUGAUAAUCUCGACAAGUGCAGAGAUUGGAGGACUGUGAAGAAGUUUGUAAAUAGGUGUGGGAAGGAACUGUUGUGUUACUUGAUAGUCUAUGAUCUCUGCCGGAAAUAGAAAUGGACAUCAUAUGUCAGUUCAGUUUUUUUGUACAUUGGGCAUGUAUAGUAAAAUACAGUGUCUAACAUGAUCCGACUCUAACCCAGAGAUUCCAUUUUAUUGCUUCGGAGUAGGAUCUCGACCUUCUUGAUCCUAAUUGAA